AUGGCAGAUAGAAAGAACAAUAAUGUUCCAAACACCGGAGCAAAUUUAUUAUUCGGCGGGGCUCCCGAGUUUAACUUCAAUUUGCCUUUUAUGCCAGUAAGUCAGGCUUCUGGUCCGGUGGUGCUGUCAGGAGAGGAUUCUUCUGAAGUUGGUGAGGAAGAUAGCUUUCUGGGUCAGACUUCUGAAAAUGUGCAAGCUCCUACGACUUUCAGUUACUUCUCCAACCCAGUGACCAGCAGUGACCCGUUUGCAUCUAUUGGCCAACUACCGUGCCCUCCUCCAUCAUCUUCAGCUGCGGCCAUGUGUGCUGUCACGGCGUCUGCUCCUAGCAGUGUUAAUAUGACCCCUCCGCUGCCUCCAAGCUCACAGUUAAACACUGCUUCUCCUGUUUUCGGCAGUACCGUGUAUCAAAGCUCAAUGGGUCGCCACACUCCUCCUCCUAGUACAAUGACACCGCCACCUCCUCAAAUGCAACCACAGAAUCAUAAUCCGUAUAGACACACCGCCACCAGCAGCAGAGCCAGCCCUUAUAUUCCAGCACCUGAGGUCCUGCCGCCAAGCCACGCAGCCCAUACAUCACAGCACAAUCCUUACUCUGUCCCCUCAGGUUCACAGUCCUUCCCACUCUCUGGUCCCACAUUCACAAAGCCUCCUCCCACUCACAUGCAGUCACCACCGCCACCCCCAGCCAACCCUGCUGGUGCAGUUGUCCCCACUGGCCCUAUGAUGCAGUACAAUUACAAUGUAUAUGAGCCUAUUCAACCACAUUGGUUCUAUUGCAAGCUUGUGGAGUCCAAAAGCGUGUGGCUUCCUUUCAGCAUCAUUGAUUCCCUCCUACUCGAGGAGACGUAUAACUCUGUUCAACCAGACCCAGAAAAUGUGAUCGUGCGUACAGACGGAGGUCGGUUUGAUGUUCACCUCUAUGAUCGCAUGCGCUCAGCUGUUUACUGGGAAGAGGAGGAUUCGGAAGUUCGCCGCUGCUCCUGGUUUUAUAAGGGGGAUGCGGAUAGUCGCUUCGUUCCUUAUUCUGAAGAAUUCAGCGACAAACUAGAGGCAGAAUAUAAGAAAGCUGUAUCUACUAACCAAUGGCACCGUAGACUAGAGUUCCCAUCUGGAGAAACCAUUGUCAUGCACAAUCCAAAGGUCAUAGUGCAGUUUCAGCCAUCCCCUAUGCCUGAUGAGUGGGGCCCGAAUCAAGAUCCACAGACCAGGCCCAGAGUGGUGAAGAGAGGGAUUGAUGAUGACCAUGAUCAAGUCCCUGAUGGUGAGCUCCCCAAAGUGGACCACCUUGUAUUUAUGGUUCAUGGAAUUGGUCCCGUAUGUGACCUGAGGUUUCGGAGCAUGGUUGAGUGCGUGGAUGACUUCCGCAGUGUAUCACUGAAACUGCUGCAGAGUCAUUUUAAGAAACCCUUGGACGAUCACGCCAUCAGUCGAGUGGAGUUCCUGCCGGUUCAUUGGCAUACGGCGUUACAUGGAGAUGCAACAGGGGUGGACAGGAGAAUAAAGAAAAUCACUUUGCCCAGCACUGGACGACUACGACACUUUACGAAUGAGACCUUGUUAGAUGUGCUAUUUUACAAUAGUCCGACCUACUGCCAAACCAUCAUGGACACAGUUGCCUCGGAGAUUAACCGACUUUAUGCCCUUUUCAUGAAGAGAAAUCCUGAUUAUAAAGGGACGAUGUCCGUUGCUGGGCACAGCUUGGGGUCACUUAUCCUUUUUGACCUGCUUUCAAAUCAAAAGACUGACACGACCCCUACUGCGUUGCCCACCACUAACGAAGAGGCCAAACAGGUGGCAGCCCCUGACUCACAGGCAGUCAUCCCUCCAGCUGUGGAGGAAGAGCCCAAAGAAGAGGAAUUGGAAGACCUUUCUGCUGCGCUAGAACAUCUUGGUCUGUCCGAGUACAAGAGCACCUUUGACGAGGAGAAGAUUGACAUUGAAUCUUUGCUCAUGUGUACAAUGGAGGAUUUGAAGGAGAUGGGAAUUCCCCUUGGCCCCCGGAAAAAAAUUGCCAAAUAUGUCAAAGAAAGAGUGGCUAAACAGACGGCUGCCCAAGAGAAGAAAGCUGAAGUCCAGGCGGUCAGUGAAGUUGUAGAGCCCGCCCAAGCUGUUGGGACCGCUCCUGAGAAAAAUCUGCCCGCGGGUGUCUCCUCCAUCCAUGUUGAUUACAACUAUUUUGAAGUCGGCACUGGACAAGUGUCUGUGGUCUACCACAAUCUAGACUUCAAUCCAUUGAAUUUCUUUGCGCUGGGAUCUCCGAUCGGCAUGUUCUUGACCGUCAGGGGCCUGGAGAAGAUUGAGGAGACCUAUCAGCUGCCAACAUGCAAAGGAUUCUUCAAUAUUUACCAUCCGUUGGACCCAGUGGCAUACAGAAUUGAGCCAAUGAUUAUACCAGACUUGGAAUUGAAGCCAGUUUUGAUACCUCAUCACAAAGGAAGGAAAAGGCUGCAUCUUGAACUGAAGGAGAGUCUCUCCAGGAUGGGCUCAGAUCUGAAGCAUGGUUUCAUCAGCUCGUUGAAGAGUGCGUGGCAGACGCUGAACGACUUUGCACGCGCCCACACCUCGUCCGCUCAACUUCAGGCUGAGUUGGCUAUGGUAGCCAAUCAAAUUGAAGAGCAGGAGAAAAGAGCGCAAGAUCUUUCAGAACAAAAAAGCUCUGAGAUCCCUGAACCCCCAAAAGAAGAGGAGCCUCAGGUUCAUAUCGGGAUGCUGAAUGGAGGGAAUCGGAUCGAUUUCGUCCUUCAGGAGAAGCCCAUCGAGAGUUUUAAUGAGUACCUGUUUGCCCUUCAGAGCCAUGUCUGCUACUGGCAAUCUGAAGACACAGUUCUGCUUAUCCUCAAGGAGAUCUACAAAAGCAUGGGGGUCCAACCAGAAAACAUGGCUCAUUAG